AUGGCUCCGCCCGACUCCCUUGUAACAACGUUCCUUGGGUCUUUCCAAGGCGCCAUCGCCGUCCUUCUCACCAUAGGCGCGGGGUAUCUCUGUUCUGCACCGACUUCCAAGUCAAUACUCUCCCGCUCAGCGACGAAACGGCUCUCAAAAGUGACAACUGCGGUGUUUCUGCCAUGCCUGAUGAUCUCCCAGAUGGGCCCCCAGCUUACGGUCCGCGAGCUGAAGCGGAUGUGGAUCGUCCCAGCGUGGGGACUUGUUAGUACGAUCAUAGCACAUUUGUUUGGGUGGAUCGCCCAGCGAAUACUGGGUCUUCCCAGUUGGACAAUCCCAGCCGCGGGACGUGCCGAGUCGAACGCUCUGCCGCUUCUCUUGAUCCAGGCCCUUCAGAAUUCGGGGGUACUUGGUGCGCUCAGGAGACCCGACGAAAGCAUCGAUGUAUUCAUGCAAAGAGCACGAAGUAUGAUAUUGCUCAAUUCAGCCGUUCAACACACGCUAACCUUCGCCUUCGGCCCGCCACUCCUCAAGCAAGACCGUCCACCCAAGACCGUCCUCCCCGACCACCUCGCUCCAGACACACAGCACCCGCCGGAGUCUCCUGCCUCCCCUUCUUCGUUCGACCUACCCAUCCCGACUAUCCAGGACACCGAGCACGUCGGGCUGCUAAGAGACGACCCUCCUCAUAGUUAUGGCGCAGCUGAUGCCGGGGAAGUAUUGGACGCAUUGCAGGAUGUUCCGGCCGUACCUGAACUCCGCGGGAAGAGCAAGAUGAUCAAGAGACCGUUCCAAUGGAUUAAUCCACCCCUCAUCGGCGCGGGAAUGGCGCUUGUCUUGGGUAUUACGCCAUUCCUGCAUCGUAUGCUCUUGGACAAGGACGGCCCGCUGUACACAACCCUUACACAGGCUAUAGAGAACCUAGGCUCCUUAUUCGUCGUACUACAGAUGUUCCUGCUUGGUGCGAACCUGCACCUCCUCCCCACGUCCACAUCCUCCGACGGCACGAAGUUUGUCACAAGCACGCUAUCAACGCUGGCUAUCCGGUACCUUAUUAUGCCCGUGCUGUCUGUCCUCUUUGUUUGGUUCACUGCUCGACAGGGCUGGUACAUCGCCGACCAGCUGACGUGGUUCAUACUCAUGUUGAUCCCGAGUGGACCCAGCGCCAUGAUGCUCAUCAGCCUCGCCGAGAUGGUAGGCGUGGACGAGGGCGAUGUGUCGACAUUUUUAUGCGUCAGCUAUGCGAUAUCGCCCAUUAUCAGCUUCGUGUGUUCGAUCGGGUUGCGCGUCGUGAGAGUUCUGGAAACGAGGUAA